CUUCCACCAUUAUAAAGCACAUGAGAUCAACACAAGCAGAGAACCAAACGCACAUACCUCAUCAUGGCUUCUUCUACCCAUCAGCCACUUCUAAACACUACCAAUAACACUAAAUCCCACGUCAAGAUCCUUAUCUUUUCCAUUUCUCUGUUUGCAGUCAUAUUCUCUAGUGUUUUUCUUGCAUCCCGUUUAAUCAAAGUUAGUCAAUCUAGUCCAUCAACUCCACAAAUAUGUAACCACGCCCGUGAUCCCCAAGAAUGUUUAUCAAUAGUAUCUGAAGCUGUCUCCACUGAAGGAGUUCAAGAAUCUAAUGGCGUUGGUCUCCUAAAAACUUUCUUGGUAAAAUCUCUCUCGCAAAUGAGAAUGGCAAAGGCAGCUGCCAAUGCUGUAAAUAGCAAGAUCAAUGGCCAUAAACAUCAAGCAGCUCUAGCUGAUUGUGUGGAGCUUAUGGAUAUGUCCAUUGACCGUGUUACUGAUACAUUAUCAGCUCUGGCCAACUGGGGCAGCCAGUCUGAUGCUAGCGAUGCAAAUACUUGGCUAAGUGGUGUACUCACUAACCAUGUUACAUGCUUGGAUGGCAUUGACACAAUAGACCAACCAUCAAUGAAAAAAUUACUCCAAGAUUUGAUCUCAAGGAUGAGAACCUCUCUGGCUGCUGUUUCUAGUCUUUCAGCCUCUGAUACUUAUCUCGUUCAGCCAUUAAAUGGGGGUUUUCCAUCAUGGAUCUUGGGAAGGGACCGCAAACUAUUGGAAAGUUCAGUAAGCAAUGUUGAGGCCUAUGUGGUAGUAGCACAAGAUGGGAGUGGGGACUAUACCACAAUUCAAGAAGCUGUGAACUCAGUCCCAGAUAAAAGUAAAAGCCGGUAUGUGAUAUAUGUGAAGAGUGGGAUUUAUAAAGAGAAUGUUGAAGUUGGGAAGAAGAAGAAAAAUGUUAUGAUUGUUGGUGAUGGUAUGGAUUCCACCAUCUUAACUGGUAACCUCAAUGUUGUGGAUGGAUCUACAACCUUCAGAUCGGCCACACUUGCUGUUGCAGGUGAUGGAUUCAUAUUGCAGGACAUCUGGAUCCAAAACACAGCAGGACCAGAGAAGCACCAAGCUGUGGCUCUCCGAGUCAGUGCUGAUCAAUCUGUCAUCAACCGUUGCCGCAUCGAUGCAUACCAAGACACCCUCUAUACACAUAACUACAGACAGUUCUACAGAGAUUGCUUCAUACUUGGAACCAUCGAUUUCAUCUUCGGUAAUGGAGCUGUUGUACUCCAGAACUGCCAAAUUAUCUCAAGGAAGCCUAUGGCAAACCAAAAGAACAUGGUCACAGCACAAGGAAGGAUAGACCCCAAUCAAAAUACUGGGAUUUCAAUCCAGAACUGUGACAUUGUUGCAAGCUCUGAUCUUGAAUCGGAGCAGAAUAAAUUCCCUACAUAUCUUGGAAGGCCAUGGAAAGAGUACUCAAGGACUGUCGUUAUGCAAUCUAAUAUUGGUGGACAUAUUGAUCCUACUGGCUGGGCAGAAUGGGAUAAGGAAUUUGCAUUAACAACAUUGUAUUAUGGUGAGUACGCAAAUAGAGGGCUAGGUGCAGGUGUUAGCAAGAGAGUGAAUUGGCCUGGAUAUCAUGUCAUUACAGAUCCAAAUGAGGCCAAGCAAUUUACUGUGGCAGAGCUGAUACAAGGAGGAGCAUGGCUUGGAUCCACUGGAGUUUCUUUUACUGAAGGGCUGUAAUCUAGGACAAGCAUGCAUUCCCUUCAUGGAUUUACUUCUAUAUAAUUGACGCAGCCUGUCGUGUUAUUUCAUGCCCUGCUUUCUGAAGUUUAUAAUUUGGGAUGCAGCUACAGCACUUAAACUCUUUAAUUGAUAGCAUUUCUGCUGUCUGCUGUACUAUUUUCUUCAGUUCUAUGUUGGCCUUUUUUAGUC